UUUUAAAGCAGUUAUGUAUAAUAGAAUUAUGAUACUGCAUAAACUGAUACCUGCUGUAAUCUCUAUUCAUAUAAAGAUGAUUAAAUUCUUGGAAAAACGGAUUUGGAGAUUGAAAUUUAAGAAAUUUCUCAGAAUAAAAUAGCAAGUUAAGGAUUCAUUCAUCAAAACCCAUUGUAUACCCACCAGCCUCCCAUCGAGUCACCUCCCCUCCCUUCCCCUCCCCCUUAAUCCCAAAUUAGUUCCGUCGACAGCCGUCUCCACUCCGGCUGCCACUUCGUCUCCCACUUCCUUUAUCGCCAGCGCCCACCUGAUUUCAGCCCCAAUCCCUGUCUUCUGCUUCCUCUGUUGCUUGCUUCCACUGUUGUGGCAGGACUGAGAACUUGAACCCAACUCAGGAACUGUGGAGCAAUUUUACUUUCUGAUGAACUGCCCGCCACACGUGCAGACUUAUGGUUCAGCUUUAUUUAGAAAGGCUGGUAAUUUCAUUUCAACUUCUUUGAACCAAUGCCAUGUUCCCUUAUGGAAAAGAAAUUUUGAGCACGCGAGUGUUAAGAUUGUGGAUUUAGAGUUCUUGUUGACAAGAUUUCGCACUCAGUGUUACUCUUCCCGGAAAAGUAGUAGUAGUACAAAAAAAACAUCCAGGACUAAAAAAGUUGAUCCAGAACAACCAAAGGUGAUGGAAAACGAGAAAGAUGCAUUCUUUGUAGUGAGAAAGGGAGAUGUUGUUGGUGUUUUCAAGAGCUUUGCUGAUUGUCAGACCCAAGUUGGAUCCUCAAUAUGUGAUCCUCCGGUCAGUGUUUACAAAGGCUACUCUUUAACAAAGGAAACUGAAAUAUAUCUUUCUUCCUAUGGGCUUAAGAAUGCUCGCUACACUAUUAGAGCUGCAGAUGUGAAAGAGGAUAUUUUUGGAGCGCUCAUGCCCUGCCCUUUUCAGGAGCCAGCUUCUUCUAAAGGUGAAACAUCUCAUAAUGAUGCAACCAAAAAGAGACCACAGGAUAUGCUUCAGUUAGAGUAUGGGGUAGGACUGGGAUCACUUGGUUCAAUAGCCGUAGCUGAUCUUGCGAGAAAGCAUGUCAAGUUGGAUCCGCAUGCUGGGGCUCAAAUAACAUCCUCUGGUCAUGCUUUUGUGCCCGUACUUGUGUCUUUAUGGCAGCAAUCUUGUACUCUUGAGUUUGAUGGUGCAUCAAAAGGAAAUCCUGGACCUGCUGGUGCAGCAGCUGUAUUGAAAACUAAUGCUGGAAACGUGAUCUGCAAAUUGCGCGAGGGUUUGGGCAUAGCAACCAAUAAUGCUGCUGAAUAUCGCGCCCUAAUUUUAGGGUUGAAACAUGCUCUUAGAAAAGGUUAUACAAACAUUCAUGUCCGAGGUGACUCGAAACUCGUUUGUAUGCAGCUGCAGGGUUUAUGGAAAGUCAAACAUGAGCACAUGUCUGAGUUGUGUGAGCAAGCAAUGAAACUGAAGGAUAAGUUUCUUUCAUUUCAGAUCAAUCACGUUUUAAGGGAAUUGAAUGGCGAGGCUGAUGCUGAGGCCAAUUUGGCUGUCAAACUUGCUGAAGGUCAAAUCCAGGAGGAGUUGGCCUAACUCAUUGAUUGUGCUGGCAGAAGUUUUUUUGGUUUGUUAUGGAAUAUAUUUAUAAAACACGAAUGAGGUCUAGGAUUUUGUCACUCUUUGGCUAAAAUUUUGAUCUUGUGUAGGUGCAAAAUUUUGCAUUUAAACCCCAGAAGAUCAUGUUGUUGUUGGCCUUCAAGCUCAGCUCUUCAAUGGAGCAAUGCAAAUAUCAGAGGCAUGUUAAUGGGGAUAUCAAAUUCAAAUGGCAUACAUUUUGGUUUUAUUUUAAACCCUUAUUCUACAGAUUGUUGUGGGAACCUAAGAUCAAAUUGUUUUAGUAAAGAUGGACAAAGUGUAAAAUCAAAUAAUUACAAGGGAAGAAUUCAAGUUAAAAUUAACUAAGUAAACUAAAAUCCGUAUAUAACAAUAAUAGAAAAUUCUUAUUUCAAUAUAUAUAUUUAAGAUGCAAA